GCAUUCGCAGUUUUAGUAUUACAGCAGGGUGAGUCAGUCAAUCCGCAAGACAACACAUUGUCUUUUGAAACCACUGCAGCUGCUGCUUUUGAAGCAAUUAUUAUUUUCUGAAGAUAGUAAAAACUAAUCAUGCCGUCUAUAUUUUCGAAGAAUUGCAUCGUGGCUGGUAGACUAGACUUGUACUGCCUGAUAUGUGAGGCGCCAUUUGGGUCAGAGGAGGAGGCCAUCCACCAUAUCGUCGAAACCCAUCAUAAAAGACGGUUAAACUCUACAAAAUACUUCGAAAAAUAUGAGGACCAUCUCAUUAAGAAGAUAAAAUGUCUUUACUUCUGCGAGUUUUGCAAUGUCACUUUACCGACCGCAAUGAAAGUGGAGUUACACAUUACUGACUGUGAUCACAUAAAGGAAAAAUCUCUUUAUAAAAUAUGUCGAAUCAAUAAUCGUAUUGUAGCAUCUGGAUGUAUCACUAUCCAGGACGAUGCCUGGCACGGCUUGGUUGACGAAAACUGUGUCAUUUGCAGUGUCGAAAUCUCUGAGAAAGAGCCCCAUAUUACCUCUCGAAAUCAUGUUUUGAAUUUAAUCAAAAACAACGUUUUAUUUGAUAAUCCCGGAACAGUAUAUAGACAGAUUGAUGACGGUUUCUAUCAGUGCAUCAAUUGCAACAUAAUGCUGUCCACAAACGAAUUGUUUCAACAUUUUCGAUCACUUCCACACACUGACCUCAUGUUGAAAGUUGCAAAACAUCUAAAUUGUGACGAUGAAACUCUUGAUUUGCUGGUUGAGUGCACUACUAACACUAAAAGCGUUUCACAAAAUACAACCGAAAAUGGGAGGGAUAUAGAGACUAUUGCAAAAAAAGACAGAGAGACUUUACCGUUUCCUACGGGGAUGAAAAGUAAUGGGUCGGAAAAAACAACUCUGUUCACUGAGCCCGUCCUGAGGAACGGUAAGGAUGAGCCCGCUCGACCAUCAUCACCCUCCCCCGACCAUAUAGAGGCAUUUGCAAAGAAGCACGGGCUGUCUCCAAACCGCGCGGAUGGCAGUUACUACUGUAAAGUCUGCACCAGAAGACUCCCCGACUCACUCAAGUCCCUGAAAGUACAUGUAAACAGCGAAGCCCACAAGGAAAAAGUCUCUACGAAAGACGAUUUAGAGACAUUACCCAUCGAACCUAAAAAAGUGCCUCUAGAAACGUUCAUUAAAGAAAUAGGUUACUUUGAAGAUGAUGUAUCGUUUGCUGUAGCUGUGAAUAACAUUUUCAUGACCGCCGGCGCUUUUACAAUGGUCAAGGAGUUUUCCAACAAGUUGAUUUGUCUGACAUGCCAUAUAGACCUGGUUCGUGAGAAGUUAUUCCAACAUGUGUCAUCCAAGGCUCACGGCGAGAGCCUGCGGAACUGUCGCGUCGUAACUUCAUUGAAAGAUGAAUUCAUAAGACAGAUUAACAACGAACACUACCUUUGUGGAUAUUGUAAUAACUUGGAAGAUGAUUGGGAGGACAUGCUUGACCAUUUAAAAUCCCAAAAACACAAGUUUGUUAAAACAGAACUAUCAAAGUUAAUGGCGAAGUAUAAGGAUUCAAAAUACUACCAAAAAUUUGAUAAUUCGAACACUGAGUUUGGUAUUUCGUUCAUAGAAUUUAAGUGUGUUGAUUUUAUGGAUAAACACGAGUUCUCUAAAAAGAAUUAACUAACUUGUCACCACACAAUGGCAGCCAGCGGAUGGACGGCGUCGCUUGGGGCAGCCUAGGAAGCGGUGGCGAGACGAUCUCGGGCUGGUUCCCUUGUGGCCCAGGACAGAGAAACGUGGAAGGAUUUGGGUUACGCCUUUGCCCAGCAUUGGGAGACAUUGGACUAUACUUGCAAAAAAAAAAAUGUCAUGUUAAAGCAUCGCAGGUCCUGUAAAAAAUGGUCAAAGCAUGAAUAUAAAUGAGAAUUUAAAAAGUCAUCCGGAAUCAAUUUGAAAUCUGCUAGAAAUUUUCUAGUUUUUUUUACAGGCAAACGUGCGAAUGCAAUAAUUCUUUAGUAUAUAAACUAAAUGUAUUAACUUUACAACUACUAAAUAAUAUUGUUCACUUUAUAACUAAUAAUCUUAUUAUAAGUGAAAAAUAUGUUCUUAAUAGAUUUUUAACCCGUAUUGUGGCCUAUUUACAAUUAACGAUGAAUGAAUGGAAAUAGGAUUACGACAGCAGAAUACGAAUAGUGUCAAAUUUAACCCAAUUGCCAUUCAUUCAUCGGCCAUUUAAAUAGCAGAAUUGCGGCCUAGAUCUGUCAAAUAUGAUAGCUGUCAUGUCUGUCAAAAUGUGUGCCGCGCAUAUUGCCAUAAGGGAAAAGAAAUACUACGAAUAUCAUAAUGUUAUUACACCAUGCUGAUGCUGGCAGAAAUUGUUGAAAAUAUCAGCAGAUAUAAGUAUAUGGGAAAGUGUUUUUAUUAUUAUAUUACAAAAUUGCUGGAUUGGUAUGCUGUGGUUACAUAUAUGUAUACAUCAAAGUGACUCUUAAAUUAAUUCUUUUGUAUCACAUUUUGAGUGAAUAAAGUCAUCGUUUCGAUUUAAAGAAUUUUUGGAAUAUUACAUUCUUUUCGCGAAAUAAAUACUAAUCUAUAAUUAAGCUUUAUAGAUUAUUAUUUUUUCAACUAGCACCUACUAGUUUCGUUCUUAAUUAUAAAAUACUUUGUUAUUAAGUUUUUUUAGCUGUUGUGUCUGUAAGGUUCGUAUGACAAAAAAUAAAAGUACCUAGAAAAGACGGGGUAGCCUUCCUUAAUCAAAAUAUCUAUAAUAGGUACCAAAACUCUUUGCAAAUGUUUAAACCAUGAUAAUUUCGGGUAGUAGUCGAUUCCUUCGAAUUUAACUCGCCCGAAUCGGGUGAAUCGACUACUUUUAAUUUUGAAUAUUUGUAGGAGCAGAUUCGAACGAUUCGGGCGAAUUGACUACUAGGCCAUAAUUUUGAAUGCCAGUUUUCAUGAGAAUUGAUUAUACUUAAGCAAAUUACUGCAGUUGCUUUUUUGAUGAAAAUUAUUCAAUUUUCUCUAUAAUUUGACUAAUAAAAUGUAAUUAGCCCAUCAGAAAUAUUAACUAAAAGUAUUUGAUAUUUUUCUUGAAUUGCGUAAACAACACCCUGACUAAUAAAAUAGUUAC